CAAGUGUUAAAUUUAGUUCAUAGAAGUUUAAAGUGGCGGAAUUCAUAUGGAAAUAGAACCGCACACGAAGACAAAUGUGAUGAUAAAGUAUAUUUAUUUUUGUGAUGCAUUUAAAAUUUAAUCGGUGGAAUCUUGAAAAUCCACGUAACGACGUAGGAAGUUGUGUAAUCUGCAUCUUUCAUAUUUGCCAAACGAAGGCUUACUCUUUUGUUGACGAACAGGUCGAAGAUUGAACUUUGGAGCUAAAGAUUGUCUAUGUGAUAUUGUUUUGGAGCAAAAGUUCGUGUAUACUGUAUACGAUAGUGGUUAAAGUGUUUUGGAUUAGAUUUUUGUGACGUUACGUGUGGAGUACCGAGUUGUAAUGUUUAUGAUGUCGCUCUCAAGGUUAGGUUUGAGAUUGUCAGCGAAAUACUAUCAUCGUGCGAAAGCGCACGACCUUAAAUGUGUAUCAGCUAUUAAAUGUCCGAAAUUGCUUUCAUCGGUGGUACGUCAUAUGAGCGAGGUAUCACGUAAAUGUUGGAAAUGUGGUAGUGAACAAGCACAGAUAUUUUGCCACUCUUGUAACACCAUCCAACAACCGGACGAUAAAUCUAAUUAUUUUGAAGUAAUAGGAGUCACACCUAGUUACGAUUUAGACACAGUCGAGUUGACAACAAAGUACCGACAGUUACAAAACGUCCUACAUCCAGAUAGAUUUGCCAACAGGACAAAGGAGGAGCGUAUGUUGUCAGAAGACUAUUCUUCACUGGUGAAUAAAGCAUACUCAACUCUGCAACAACCUUUGUCUCGCGGUUUGUACAUGCUCCAACUACAAGGGUCAGAAAUCAGCGAAUCAACACAGCAUUCAGAUCCAGAAUUUCUUAUGGAAAUAAUGGAGUUAAACGAAAGUGUUGAAAUGGCAUCAUCCGCAGCUGAGUUGAACGUCAUAGAGGAGCAAAAUAAGGAAACAUUGCAACAACUUUCAAGAGAUUUAUCAAGUUCAUUUGCUGAAGGAGACAUGGAGAAAGCAAAGCGCAUCCUUGUGAGAAUGAAAUAUUAUUCAACAGCAGAAUCUAAAAUAAAGGAAAAAAGGCAAGAAUUCGGUUUUGAAUGACUGAUAUCAGUUAUUUGAAAUCUUGGUAUUAAAACAGUCAGUAAUAAAUAUCAGCACUUCCUGUUGCGAAGGUUAUCCAAUGAUGGGCUAUGCCUGAAAUGCAUCGAGUGUACCAUAAAGGAUUCAAUAUCAUCUUAAUGUGUAUUACUUACGCAACUUACUAGCAUUUUUAAAUUCAGUUUCAUAGUCACUAUGACUGGCAGGAGUUGGGUGAAGACCAAAGGCAAAGGGAAGUGUUAAUUUAGUGUAUAAUAUAUCAUUUUGCAAAUGAUAGUUUUCAGUGUGGAUAACAAAUUUUGCUCACAUAUGUUAUCCGCUAUUUGAUAGCUUCAAAGCUUAAAUUUCGCAUACUUUUGAAAUUAUUCAAAAUUUCAUACUAAUUUGUGUUUUGGCCAAACCAGUUACAAUAUGGUAGCAAAUAAGACAUUCCUCUUAU